AUGGUAUUUAAUCUCAGUGGACAAGUUAUAUUUAUAUUGACAAAACAUCCAAGCCUCAAAAGCAUGGAACGUGAUAGUAAUUUGAAUCCAUCAACAUUUGCUGGUUGUAUUGAUCUUGUUAGCGAAAGACUAGGUGGCAAAGUUCUUAGUGCUAGUGAUGAAUUUUUUGCUGAAAAAGAAAAUCUUUUAAAACCGGGACGUGGUAUUUUUAUUCCGGACAGAUAUACGGAUAAAGGAAAAUGGAUGGAUGGAUGGGAAACAAGACGAAAACGUGUACCAGGAUAUGACUGGUGUAUCAUCCAACUUGCAUAUCCAGGAAGAAUACGUGGUGUAGACAUAGAUACAAAUAAUUUUUUGGGUAAUCAUCCACCGUAUGCAUCGUUAGAAGGUACCCGUUUGGAUCAAACUAAAAUUGAUCAAGCAGAGUGGACGGAGAUUUUAUCAAAAUCUCCAUUGAAGCAAGGUUCCCAGAAUGUAUUUUCUAUUCAAAGUUCUGAGACAUUUACUCAUAUCAGAUUAAAUAUAUAUCCUGAUGGUGGUGUCGCAAGAUUUCGCGCGUAUGGAAAUAUUGUGAAAGACUGGACGGCUAUUGAUAAAAAGUCACUAGUUGAUUUAGCAGCAAUUCAAAAUGGUGGACGUGUUAUUGCUUGUAAUGAUAUGUUUUUUGGUAAUAAGGAUAAUCUGAUCAUGCCUGGGAGAGGUGUGAAUAUGGGGGACGGAUGGGAAACACGUAGAAAACGUGGUCCUGGCAAUGAUUGGGCUAUUGUUAAAUUAGCAAAUCCUGGCACAAUUCAAGAAAUUGAAAUUGAUACAGCUCAUUAUAAAGGUAAUUAUCCAGAUCGUUGUUGGAUUGAUGGAUGUUAUGAAACAACAUUGGAUAUUGAUAAUUUAAAUUGGCCACAGAUCAAAUGGCUUCCCAUUCUUCCAGAAACAAAAUUAAAUGCUGAUAAACAACACUAUUUCAAAGAUAAGGAUAUAAUUGGAGAUAAAGAACAAAUAUAUACACAUGUUCGACUCAAUAUUAUUCCAGAUGGUGGCAUAAGUCGACUUCGAUUACAUGGGAAAGCAACAUCAAAUGAAUAA